UUCACGGAUCUACCCUUUCUCGUCGACCCCCAAAAUAUAUUUCAAAACCCUAGAACCGCAAUAUCCAAUUCUAAUUUCUAAAAGCUUUGUGUUUUCGGGGAGCAAUUACAAUCCAGAAUACUCACAAACACUUGCAAUUAGAUAGCUAUUUCAUCAAUUCUUUGAGAAAGGUUGUGGCUGUUGGAAAGAGAUUUUGCUCAAAUGAGGUUCAAAAAGGGUGAUAAGGUGGAAGUAAUGAACAGAGGUGAGGUGCCAAUCUCAUGGCGUGCUGCCGAAAUAGUGUCUGGUAAUGGCCACACUUGCAGUGUCAGAUAUGGAUCUGGUUCACCAAUGCAAAGUGAAUAUAUCGAAGAAAGGGUAUCAAGGAAGAUGAUAAGGCCCUGCCCCCCUGUAGUGCAGUGUGUGGAGACUUGGGCACCUGGGGACAUUGUGGAGGUAUAUAAUGACUGCUCUUGGAAAGUUGCCAUCGUGCUCAGUAUUUUACCACGUGAUCGUUAUUUGGUGAGACUACUUGGUUGCUCUCUGGAACUUAGCAUUCAUAAAUCAGGCAUGAGAGAGAGACAAAAUUGGAAAGAUGGCAAAUGGAUUUUUAUCAGAAAGGGUUGUGAUCAAGCUGGGACCCAGAGAUCUAACAAAAUUUCAGCUCAAGAUUAUAGUCAGAAGAUGAAGUCGCAGCCGCUGCAACUUGAUGGACAUACUAAAGUUCUUGGAGAAACUGAUGGUUUAGCCACUGAAGGAAAAAAUAGAGGACAAGAGUCUUGUUUAAUCUCAUCAAGAUCCCUAAAGAGAAUGUCUCCUUAUUGCACAUCUGGUGUUGAUUCACUUUAUGGGAAUGCUCAGAAACUUCAAGCAAUCGAGACAGAUAAUCGCAGGCAGCGAGCAGCUCUGGUGACCUUACAGGAAAAGGGCCAAAAAUUGAAGCAUCAUCCCUUGCUUCCAUAUGUAUAAAGUUGAUGCUGGGAUUUGCGGCCAUUCAAGUGGCAUAAAGAUACUGUAUGCAUCUGCUUUCCCAGAAAUCUUGGCAAAUCUCUCGCAUCACAGGUUUCCUAUUUUGUUUGCAGUUUAACAUUGUUUGUAUCCAAGCUUCAAAUCUGCAUAAAUUCCGUCCUCUCGAAGGAAGUAAAAGAGUUGAUAUGUUUCUUUGCAGUUCCUCAUGGAAGAUUUAUUGUUGGAAAAUGUAGACAUGUAGUAAAUUUUGUUUGGUACAUUCUGUAUAACUUUAGGUAAGCCCACAUUUGCUGUCAAAUAAUUUGGAUUUCAUUAUCGUGGAUGGUGGUUAGAUUUAAGAUCUGCUGGUGAUUUUAUAAUGUGGUUUAUUUCUGUCUCUGUUUACCAUGUUUCGCUAUUAUAAGUAGGUCAAUUGCCACUGUUUCCUUUGCAUUGUGAAUUAUUCCUUGAGCAGAUACAAUUUUUAUUUCACGCUGAUGGUGUAUUCUUCUUCUUAUUCUUUAUUUGUCCAUUUCAGGCUGUUUGUUGGUAUAAUUUUUUGGCAUUUGGAAAAUCUGUAGCAAUUUAUUGUUUCAUAUUGGAAUCUGUUCCAGGCAUAAUUUGUUCCUUAUAGAAAAAAGGGAGAAUUCUUUUUUUUUGUUCUCUUAUAAAUAAUGAGUGAGAGAGAGAGAGAGAGAGAGAGAGAGAGAGAGAGAGAGAGAGAGAGAGAGAGAGAGAGCUUCAUCUUAUUAAGUUUUGGAGCAAUAACAAACAAGUUGAAUAAGCUUGACAGUUUUGGAGCAAAUAACAAACAAGUUGAAUAAGCUUGACAGUUUUUUCACUACUUUUACGAUGUCAAUCAAUUGGUAACAUGUUCAACUACAUGCACGAUGAUGCCAUUUAAAGGAAGUUGGUUCCAGUUUAGUUAAGGCUGCAGAAUCGUAUUUAUUGAAUUUUAGUCCCCAAAUAUGAAUCAUUAUAUCUGUUCCGCUCUACUCAGACCCCCAACAAAUUCAUUACUAUGUGGAUUCAUCAUAAAUUGAUUAUAUUCCCACGUGUUGUUAAUCUACAACAACCCUUCUUUUAUCCGGACGUGGAACCUGCUAAGUCUGAGUAUUGUUGUUAGACUGCACAAUUUUUGUAAAACAAGAUCUAGCUGCAUUGAGUAAACAGAGAAUUAAUUCACUAGGAUAAUGAAUUGAAGACUCAUUUUUGUUCUUGUUGAGCUUGCUAAUAACAGUACUUGAAAGAAUUCCUUCUGUCUUUUUUCAGGUUUAAAUGGUCUCCUAGAAUCAUGCUUUAUUAUAUUUCUGGAGUUUGGUUUAUGUAUUUUGACAAAAGGAGCUGAGUGUGUAGACAUGCACAAGUUCCAUUAUAUACAUGCGAUGUGUUAAUGAGAUAUCUAACCUAAACAAUAGCUUAAUUGGCAUAGAAUCGCGGUUAUGGUGCUAAUAUGCUGAAACAUGUAACUCUUCUUUACUAACUCCAAGAGGUUGGUCGUGUGGCACAUUCCUUAUGGAUAGUAGAUGGUUUUUUUUAUGAGAAUUUCAAAUCAUUUUUAAGUGGCUGAGAAUUUAUCAAGGUUAAGAAGUUGACUGCUGAACUUGCCUGAAUAUUUUUAUGUGUUGGUCUGUGCACUUCUAACUGCUGCUUUAAAUCGAGGUCAAACUGCAGUCUUUCUAAGGAGUCAGUUGUUGAACUGCUCAUAAGGGAAUAUUUGUUAUAUGCACAAUCAGUUUGACUUAAUCAUCUAGUUCAUAUAACAGUUUUGGCUAAUCUGUAGCUCUUAUUGGGCUUAUUCUCCUGGUUGAAAAGGCGUCUCAAGGCAGAAGAUACUUGUCUUCCUGACUUGGUCAAUGCUUUAGUUAUUGCAAGGUGGUACAGCCGAGCUAAUGUUCUCAUAUAGUAAAUAUGCUGUGUCCCAUCCACAACACUACAAGGUAAGUGCUAAACAUAAUGGUUGACCUUCUCCUAACCUUGCUUACCUGGCUACUUCAUAAUGUUGGUCAAGGAAUAUUACUUUCUCGCAAAUUUUUUUCUGGUUGUAUUGAGUCGGGGAGGGUGGGGCCAUGGUUGAAGGGGCGUUUCACUUGGCAGAGGUGCCAGUUGAUGCCUCUAGUGGUGAUUCCAGAUAUCUGUUUGGUAGUCAUCCUUGUUUUUUCCUUAUUUUCAAAGUGAUCUUAUCAUCCUCCCAAUUUGAUGAUUGUCUCAUCUACCAGAUUAUCGUGUUACCACUUAGCAGAGUUCUGUGUUUUUAAUAAACAGUCGCUACACCCUGGUAUGUGCAGCUUUCCUAAUCAAAAGACAGGAGAGCACCCCUUCUCCCGAAGUUACGGGGUCAUUUUGCCGAGUUCCUUCGACAUGGUUCUAGGACAUCUGCACUUUGGAUAUUUCUCUAAGAUAAAGUUUUACAUUUGCACUUUAGCAAAAUCAUGUAUUUCAAAACGAGAAUCUGCUCAAGCAUGAAUGCUUAAGAUUACCAGUUUUAAUGAAUUACACCCAGAUUUCUGUACUUUAUGAAUAAUUUUUGGCAUUUCUCUAUCUUCUCUGUUAUGAGAAUGGAAGAGAGACAACAAAAAGUUGAAGGUGUUCAGAAAUCCAUUAUUGCCGUUUGAGGUGUUGAGUUCCGGUUAGACCUUUUUUGAGUUUCUAUCUUUUGAAAGGUGUUUACAGCAGGUCAAACGGGGCAUGUGGAAGCAUGAUGACGGGUUUUAGAUAGUGGUGUUGCCUUUUUUAACUUUGAAACAUGAGAAUGCCUUGAUCCACUAUGUUGAGGUCAGAUGCAAAUUGUACAAGGAAAAUAGGAAAAAGGAAAAUGAACUUGACUUAUUAUCUUGAUAAGCGAAUCAUUGAGCAUAAUGAGUUGAGCUAAGGAGUCAUUUGGGUGGUGCCUCAGGAUGUGAGAAGCUUACGAGUUUAGCCCAUUAUGCAUCUUGUGGACCAUAUGAUUGGAAUAAUACAAUAGAUGCUUUGAAGGAAAGAGACAACCUACCUCUUUGUAGAAAAUAGAUGUCAGCAGGCUAUUUAUACUUGGGAGCAAUAUGCUGGAUCGUCCAUCUUUUCUUUUGAAUUUUUUGGAGGAUAUGAUGAUGUAACUGUUAUGAUCCUCUCUUUUGUACUUCUAUAGUACCUUCUGUGUACUUCAUAUUAUAAAUACCUUAUUUUACCACACAAAAAAAGAGUUGAGGUAA